UCGGGGAGGUGCUAGCUAGCUCUCCAGCCGCGGAAGCUGGACUAUUAUUACUUCUAACGUGACUUUGACCAUGUGUGCCUCAAACAUUACACUGUAGCUCCUCUGACAUUGCACACGUAACGUGAGGCGUCAGGAGCGGGUGGCCAGUUUGGUGUAAAAGGAGCAUGAGUACGACCUACCCCACACCGGUUUACUCCCACGCCGGACGAGGAGACUUCCGAGAGGUUUACGAGCCGGCGGAGGACUCCUUCCUCCUGAUUGACGCGCUAGAGAAAGAUGCAGACCGGCUGCAGCGGGUCAGCCCAUGUGUGUGUUUGGAGGUGGGCAGCGGCUCAGGAGUGGUGUCUGCAUUCCUGGCAUCAGUACUGGGACCUUCCGCUUUAUAUAUUUGCACUGAUGUGAAUCCUGCAGCAGCACAAUGCACAGCAAAGACGGCUUCCUGCAACAGUGUUCCCCUGCAGCCCGUGAUCACAGACCUGGCCGAGUGUCUUCUGCCUCAGCUGUGUGGAAAAGUGGACAUACUCCUCUUCAACCCUCCCUACGUGGUCACACCUUCAGAAGAGGUUGGCAGCACGGGCAUAGAGGCUGCAUGGGCUGGAGGGGAGCGAGGGCGAGAAGUGACGGACAGGUUUCUCCCAGCGGUAGCACGGCUGCUGUCCAGUAAAGGACUGUUUUACCUCAUCACAAUUGCUGAGAAUGAUCCAGAGGAGAUCAUCCGCUUACUGGGCCAAAGUGGCCUGACGGGAGAGUCGUGUUUGUCUACGAGAGCUGGAAACGAGAGGUUGUCUGUCCUGCGCUUCCACUGGAACCCAAAAACAUGAACUUUUGGACAGGCUGCAUUUCUUUUACCCCGUGGGGCAGAGUUCAGCAAGGACAAAUUAUCAACAGCUGUUGUGAUAAAUACACUUCUGUUGAAUCUGCAGAACAGAAAGCGUGGGAAAACUGUGUAUAAGGAAUGGGUAAUGGGACCCUAAACUGGCUAUGUGGAAGGACGUUCUAGGACCUAGCACUUGGGAGGACAAACACUGCCACAAUCAAAAAUAAAUGAUUCAGAUUAGUGUGACACAAUGCUUUCAGUGUAUCAGUAAAACAGAAAUGUUACAUUUUUGGUCAGAAAUUUGCAUUUCAUCAUGGGCAUGGAUGUCAUAGUAAUUUUGGGCUUUCAAUGAUUUCUUUGAACUGUUCUUUUUCCAGGGUGCAAUGAUUGUGCAGCAUACAUCUUUAAUAACUUUAAAAAACAAGAAUUGGCCAUCAAGAACUUGGAGGUAGUCCUCCAUUUUAAUUAUUCCACCCACUUUGUGCAGUGUUCCAUUACCACUGGCAGCAAAACAGCCCCAGAGUAUGACGCUACCACCACUGUGCUUGACAGCUGGUACAGUGUUUGAAAGCCUCACCUUUACACCUCCAAACAUAUCUCGUGCUGUUGUGGCCAAACAGCUCAAUUGUUGUCUUGUCUGACCGUAAAACUUUUCUCCAGAAGCCAUUUGGCUCGUCCAUGUGGGCAGCAGCAAACUUCAGUUGAGCCGGAAGGCGUCCAUUUUGGAGCAUGGGCUUGUUUCUUGGUCAGCACUGAUUCCUUGAGCGUUGAUGGUUACUGGGUUGGGUUAAUAACAGAUAAGAGACAAUCGUAGUGGUGUAUCCUUCAUCACCGGCUUAUCUCGUACAAAGGGAUUAAAUACGCAA